AUGGAAGCAGAAAACCACACUGAACUAUCAGAGUUUCUCCCCAUCAGCUUCUCAGAGAAUUCUGAACUGAAGCCCUUACUUUUGGGAUUAUUCUUGUCAGUGUCCCUGGUCACAGUACAUGGGAACCUGCUCAUCAUUCUGGCCAUCAUCUCAGACUCCCAUCUCCACACACCCAUGUACUUCUUCCUCUCCAACCUGUCCUUUAUUGACAUCUGUUUCAUCUCCACCAUCACCCCCCAAAUGCUGGUGAACAUCCAAGAACAGAGCAAAGACAUCUUCUACAUAGAGUGCCUUGCCCAGAUGUAUUUUUUAAUGAUUUUUGCUGGAGUGGAUAAUUUCUUACUGACUAUAAUGGCAUAUGACUGCUUUGUGGCCAUCUGUCACCCCCUGCAUUAUACGGUCACCAUGACCUCCCACCUCUGUGCCUUGUUGUUUCUGAUGUCUUGGUUCAUCAUUUGCUGGGCCUCCCUUCUUCAAAUUCUACUGAUGAAGAGGCUGACCUUCUCUACAGGUACAGAGAUUCUGCAUUUCUUCUGCAACCUGUCUCAGUUUCUCAAGGUGGCCUGCUCUGAUACCCUCAUUAAUAACAUCUUCUUGUAUGUUGCAGCUGCACUGCUGUGGGUGUUUCCUGUCAUUGGGAUCCUCUUCUCUUACUAUCAUAUAGUCUCCUCUUUAAUGAAGAUGUUCUCCAUUGCAGGCAAGUAUAAAGCAUUUUACACCUGUGGGUCUCAACUCUCUAUGGUCUCCUUGUACUAUGGGACAAGCCUUGGGGACUAUGUCAGUUCUGUUUUGAACCAUUCUUCUCAGAGAAGCUUAAUCACCUCAGUGAUGUACACUGUGGUCACCCCCAUGGUGAACCCCUUCCUGUACAACCUGAGGAACAAGGUUGUGAUGCGAGCCCUGGGAAGACUUUUCAGCAGAGCAGCCUGUUGUCCAUGA